AUGGGUUUAGUUGUUGUGCCCGCUCAAAUCCAACUGAAUGGAAUCUCUGAAAAAAUGACAUCUGUCAAAGGCAUUGUGGAGUUAAGAAUAUUUUCCGAACCUCAAUUUGAUAUUGCUCUUUCUACCGAAGCUCUUGUAUUAGAUCAAAUUGCUGGCAAUCUUCCUGUCUUUCUGCUUCACCCCGCACUAAAGAGUUCGUUUGCACAUCUGAACCUCGCUGAUCCUAAUUUUGAUGAGCCUGCUGAAAUCGACCUACUGAUUGGUGCCGAUUUAUACUCCAGCAUCUUUAUAUCCGCAGAAAAUUCCAUUAUUCCUGGUAGCCCUGCCGCCUUUGCCACAAUCUUUGGUUAUGUUUUGAGUGGAAGAUUGAAUAUUGAGGACUCACCCGCACCGCUCAACAAAAUGCAGCUCAUUUGCACUAUGUUUGCACAGGAAGCACAGCUCAACACUGUCAUGAACAAAUUUUGGGAAACCAAAGAUGCCAUCCCCAUUCGAAAAGAGUCACCGCCCGAAGAUGAGUUGUGUGAGAAACUGUACCAAUCCACUACUUAUCGCACCUCUGAAGGAAGGUAUGUUGUGGCACUGCCUUUCAAACCUGCCGCCUCCUGCUGCUCCGCCCUGCCGCCUCCCGCUGCCUCAGAUCUGCCGCCUCCGACUCACUGCCUCAUUUAG